CCCCAACAAACCUUGCGAGUUUCGCCUCUGCCUUUGCCCAUUCCUUCGUGCCGUCAGCGAGCCACACCUCUCCCUGCAUAUCACUACAUCCAUAGCUGUCGGCAUCCCGGCUUCAUAUCUCGACACCAACAGCAUGUCACGAAUCGUCCGUCGCCAAACGCCAUACCAGCGUAUCUCCUCUUACCUCAACCCCCUCGAUCACCUCCUUAGCCUCGCGACUGACUAUGAGGCCUUCGACUGGGACAACUGGCAGAACACGUGGGGGACGCCGCUCGGGCUGCUUCUCAACGUCUUUUGCAUGAUAUCGCGAGGCCACGCGGACAAAUACCGGCGCGAGGCUAAUCCCGUCUUUGGCGAGCCAUCCGCGGGAAGGUCCAUGGCCAACGGUAUCUCAUAUCUUCUUUGGGUUGCUCAAUCUGCCCUCGCGGUGUUUAGUGUAGGCAAUGCCGUGUACUGCUUCACUAGGAAGAGAAGGUACCGAUUGUUCGAAUCGAACAUUGAGGUCGAGCCGAAAACCCCCUCAGCCCGCCGUGUCCCUGUCGACUCUUCGCCGGUUGCCAACUCCCCUCUCCGCAUCCUCGGCAACAUAAUCGAGCCCUUCCGAAACGACGCCGCGAGUCGCGCACAUCCGGACGAGAGCCGCGACGUCUGGGAAGUGGGCGUAUGGGAUCCGUCGCCCCUCUCCCUCCACAUCCUCGCCUUCCUCUCGCCUGUGCACGUCGCAAUCUAUUUCCUCGCGUUGCCCAUCACCUCACACCCCACGGGCGGCUUGGGCGGAUCCACCUCAUCGGCCGCAGUCUACUUCACCGUCCUCUUGACGCAGAUCCUCCUCUCGCUGCAGAUCAUCUUCCUCAAGUCCUGGUUCGUCCAGCAAGCCUGGGACCAAAAAGUAAUCAGCAAAGAAGUGAUGCACGAAUACGACGCCAAAUACGUGCACCCACGGCUAAACGUGAUCAAGCGGGACGUGGCGGUACAAUGCACGCUCUCGACUCAAACCGACAGUGGUAAUGAGCCGGAGGUCUCCGUGUACACCCCGCAGUUCAACCGCUCCGGCUUCAAAAUCUACGCGAACCCCAACUACUCCGACCUCACUGUGCAAACGCCGGCACCACCGCCGUUCGCGCGGAGCAGCCAGAACGCCGGCAACACUCCCGGCAUCUUCUCCCGCGGCGCUACGCCAAUGCAGCCUAUGGCGGGACGCAUCCGCCAGCCGCAGUUCGACAGGGCCCUUGCUAAUACCUCCCGUCGCACCGCUGCCGCCGAUGAAGAUAGAGAGCGCGAAAACCGCUCCCGCCGGAGAGAAACCACUGCGCACGCCGGCUACGAUCAGCCAGCGAGACGCAUGGGUACCGAGGGAAUGGUGGACUGGAGUAGGCAGAAUUCGCGUGGGCUGAGUCCCAGCAAGAUGAGCACGCCGCUGAAGAAGGGGAGCAGCAUCAGGGGGAGCACGUAUGCCGAGAGCUUGGGAACGCCAUUGGGCACGCCUGUUAGGAGGAGGCAGUUUUAGAGCAUGGGGAUUCGGGUUGUUGUUUAUAUCUUGCUUUGGCUUCAUACUUAGCGGCGUUUAGGGUGGGUACAUCAGUAAAUAAUUUGCAUCAUCGCUGUGACUUGUGGCUUGAGCCAUAGAGAAAAGAACGAUGGGCUGGAGUUGAAUUUUACGAUGUGAGG